UUAAAUUACAAACCAGCUUUUGACAGCCAAAAAGAGAAGAAGAGAAAAUAAUCAAUUUUGCCAGGCAGAGGCAGCCUCCAUCAAGAAGAAGAAGAGAACGAUGGCUUUGCAGACUGGGGUCUCUACCUCCAAAGUUCUCAUUCUCGUCGGUGCAGGUUUGACUAGUUCGAUUAUUUUGAAAAAUGGACGAUUGCCUGAACUCAUGGGGCAGCUUCAAGAAUUACUCAAGGGUGUUGACGAAGUCGAGAUCGCUCCUUACAAAUACGACACCGCUCUUCUUGCUGCUCAGAUUCGUCAAUUGGCGCAAGAGAUUAAGGAGUUGAGCUUAUCCAGUCCUGUAACCAUCUAUAAUGGAAAUUCUGUUUCUAAUGGGAAUUUUUCUUCUUACCUAGUGCCAGCUGCUGCACUUGGAGCAAUGGGAUAUUGUUACUUUUGGUGGAAGGGCUGGUCAUUUUCAGAUGUAAUGUUUGUAACAAAGCAAAAUAUGGCAAAUGCUGUUGCAACCGUGUCAAAACAAUUGGAGAAUGUAUCUGAAACGUUAGCUUCAACAAAAAGACAUCUGACAAAAAGGCUGGGAAAUUUGGACUGGAAGAUUGAGGAGCAGAUUGAAACAUCUAAGCUCAUUGCCAAUGAUAUAGAUGAGAUGAAAUCAAAUCUUUCCCAAAUUGGAUAUGAUGUUGAAUCAAUCCAUGAAAUGAUAUCCGGGCUGGAAGGGAAGCUUGAACUUCUUGAAAGCAAACAGGAUGCAACAAACUCUGGUCUAUGGUAUCUAUGUCAAUUUGCUGGAGGCUUUAAAGAUGGACCCGGCACUAAAGCUUAUCAGGAUGUUGGUGCUAAGCUAGCAAACCAUUCAGCUAUGGCAUAUGAAGAAAGGUCUCUAAAGGGGCUUCAAUUUAUUGCUGAAACUAAAGAGUCUGUUGAGAAACCAGUAGAAAAUGCGAAGAAAAAUGAUCUUGAUACCUUCCCUGGUGAAAAAGCAAGAACUUUGAAAAUACACAGGUCAUAUCCAGGUGGGUUUUCUUUGACCCGAGACAUCUUGGGUUCUGGCAUAUAAACCUUUUGUUAUCUUCUGGAUGUUAUUGAUUUUUUUACCAGAUAUCCAUUCUUUGGAUUCCAUAAUGUGCAUGGUUCUUCAGAUUGACCUGUUCGAUUCUGCAUUGAAAAAUGCAUGCUAGAUUUGGGUUGCUCAAAUGUCUUCUUCCUUUCCUUCCCAGGAAAGCAUAAAAUAGUUGUAAUUUUCUGUAACUUCAUGUCAAUGCUAUAUAUACGUUUAGAAAUAAAGCACAAGCAUUUUGUGUGUUA